AUGACCGUCAUUGCAGUGGCGGGUGGCACAGGUGGCGUGGGAAAGACACUGGUCGAACGAUUGGCUCGAGAGCCACAGAUCAAGCUUGUGAUCUUGUCGCGGAGUGAAUGGCUGGAGUUCUGGCAGAAAUCCACGUCCGAGGGCAACGUUCAACAUGUACAGAUUGAUUACAGCGACAUUCCCUCCAUGACGAUGGAGUUGGAACGUCACAAUGUCCAUACUAUCAUCUCGACGAUCGGGCUGGUAUCAGAUGAGACCAGCCAGUCUCAACUCAACUUGAUCGAAGCAGCUGAAAAAGCACAACCGACAAAACGGUUCAUCCCCAGCGAGUACUCCUUUAUUCAGACCUCCGAAUUAUUAUCCGUAGACCCGAGUAUCAAAUACUGGCUUGAUGCUGCACAGCGUCUUCAAGCAAGCUCACUCCAAUUCACCCGUGUGAUUCCGGGAUUCUUCAUGGACUACUGGGGCAUGCCCCACGCCAAGACUAAUCUGCAGCCAUACAUCUUUGGCAUCGACAUUGCAGGCGCGGUGGCCGCUAUCCCGGGCGAUGGCAACGAUACCAUCUGUAUGACAUAUACCUAUGAUCUGGCAGACUAUAUGGUUCAGCUGCUGGAACUCCAAGAGUGGCCCGAGUUUAGCAUUUUUGUCGGCGACGAGACGACAUACAAUGAGAUUUUGAAGACAGUGGAGGAAAUCAAAGGAGAAAAAUUCAAAAUAACCUAUGACAGCCUCGAGGCGAUUGAUGCAGGCGACGUCACUGUGCCACCCAUGCCCAGCUCCAUGGGAUCGCCGGAGGAACUCAAGGAAGUGACGGCCUUGGUCAGUCGUCUUAUUGUGAAUGGCGUGUUUGAUUUACCCAAGGCGAAUCGCAUGAGCGAUCAUUUCUCUCAAGUGCAACCGAUGAAAGUCAAGGAGUUUCUCAACAGGUGUUGGAGACAGACCUGA